AAGAACGGUUCGAAAGUCUUCGGUCAACUGAAUUAUCAACGAGAAAAAACACGAAAUACUGCCCUCGAAUACGACAAAUACAUGGUUUAUAACGAUACUAGAAGAUGGAUCCAUUCACACAGAAACUCUUAGAAAGAACUCAAACCAGAAAGGAACAACUAGCCAAGAAAAAAGAAGAAUUGGCUGCUUGCCGUAACAAACGCAAUGCCCCAGCAGCACCAUCACCAGUUAAGCCACGCCGUCCUCUAUCAGAAGAUAAUACUGAUGAUAAAGACAAGCUGAUUGAUGACAACCAAAAGAGGAGGAUCAAUAGUGAUGGUAGUGUCCCCAAGACACCCAAAGAGCCUACUACUCCAAAAGCACCCAUUACUCCAAAGAGGGCAACUAUGCCCAAGGCACAAUCUGUACUGCAAGGACCAAGUACACCUUCCUCAGUGACUAAGGUUCGGGGUGGUGUAGAGAUUGACACUAGUAGCCCUUCUAUACAGGCUCGAAGAGAAAUGUUGAUUCUGAUGCAGCAGAAAGAUCAAGAAAACAAAACAACACCAAAAAAGCACUGGAAGAAGGCUCUAGAUAUGAAUUCCAAUGAAAACUCUAGUCCAACUGUAGCAGCCAGGUCUGCCAUCUUUGCUCAGGAUAAAGAUUCCCAACCCAUUUUUCCUAAGCCAUCUGUAUCAACCCCAGGAAAGAUUUCUGCAGAAAGAAAUGUCUUUGAAAAAAAUCCAGUUUCAGUUGAAGUUAAGGCUGUUAAAACUGAUGCUGCUGCCCCACCUAAACCACCAAGAACUAUUGAUGUGGAGAAAACACUGACUAGAGAGAAGAGCUCUUCCAAGAGAAAAGCACCUGCCCCACCAACUUCUUCUUCAGGUGGACAAAAAUCUGAUUCUGAAGCUGGCGAUACUCCUGUUCCAAAACCAAGAAGUGAAAGCAAGGUUGUUGGUAAUGAUAAUUAUGAUCAAACUAUUGUAUCAGUGAAGUGUGCAGAUGAAAAAAAACCUGCAAAGAGAGAGAGGUUAGGGGAGGGUGAUACACAUUCAACUGAAAGAACCAAUGCUAAAGAUGAACCAACACCCAAGCCAAGGAAGAGAAGAAGUGCUGAAAGUACUACUGGUGGCUCAGAAAACAGUAGCACUGGAGAAAGAAAUAAGAACCUUGAAGAUGAAAGAACCAAGAGGAGAGAAGAAAGAAAGAAAGCAAGAAUGGAAAGCAGAGAAAGGGGAGGAAUUAUGUCUGUAACUGCCCAGGCAGUUGAAAUCCUUGAAGGGAAAAAUGAAGCUAUACCAGUUGAGGUCAAUAGUGUUUGCACUCCCAGGAGUGACCAAAAAUCACGAGCAAAAGUCACUGUAGUUAGGUCUGAAUCUUCAGAAACAACUGCAGCAGUCAAACAAAAAGAUGCUUCAUCAACAAGCAAAGCAAUCCCAGAAACAAUUGCUAAGCCUGAAGAAAUCUGUGAUGCUAUACUUGAAGCGGUGGUAUAUGAUGAGCCAAAGAAACCAAUUUCAAAAUCCACUGUCAAGCCAAAAGAAGGUGUUUCUGAAUUCAAACCCUCGAGAGCAGCCCCUACUAGGCCUCCACCACCACAGGGGAUCUCACGGUUCGCCUCUCAGACUAGCAUUAAUUCAGGCUUGGAUGAAUUGAAUGAGACAGUUAAUCUCAAUGAUGUUAAUAUUCAUGAGAUGACCUUCACGUUUGACUUCAGUACGUUUGACAAAAUACAAGAAGACAGGGAGACCAAGUUCCAGAAAAGCUUUGAUGAACAGCAGAGAGAACUUGUAAAAGAGAAGAGAGAAACCUCAUGCAGUCAGUCAUCAGAUGACAGUGGUAUUGUAUCUCCCUACAUCUACGAACCAAAGACAAAGCUAGAGGUGGAACAGGCCAACAUGGGGGUGUAUAAGUCAGGAUAUAAUUCAGAAUCUGGUGAUCCGUAUGCUACCAAGAUGUACAAGAAAGCUAAACCACCUGUUCCUGAGAGACCAAAACCAGUGCAAGAUGUAAUCAAGGAGCUUCUUGAUGAGGCUGCAUCCCAACAGAACAUCAUCCUACAGACCAGUCAAGCACUUAACGUGUGUGACUCCAGUAACGACAUCUUUAAAGGCUCCCAGGAAGAAGUGGAGGCUGAACGAGUACUUUUACUGGCAUCUGAGCGCAAACAAGCUUGUUUAAACGAACACCACCGCAUCAAGAACAAAAAGAACGAAAGCAAGAAGGAUUGUAAUAAAGAUGCCUCUAAUGCGUGUACUUCAACAAUCUCCAUCGCAGGCAUUCGCCUUUCCCUGAAGCAAGAGUUUAUGGACGUUCUCAGAGUUGGAAUUAGACAUGAUCUUGGAGUGUUUCAUUUCGUGUGCCACGUACAGAACGGUCCACUGGAAAUCACCUCCACGAAAAGUCUAUCCAUCAACGACUGUAACGAGGGAAACUACCUGAUGUUUCCUGACAAGUUUGUUCUGGAAAAUGUCAACCCAGAUUUUGCUGUCGUCGUCAGGGUUUUUGGAAUGCACGUGCAGAAAUAUGUCCCGUCUGCAUCCUCAGCUGUUCAAAAAGGCAAGUUCUUCCCGUCACCAAAAGCAGCUAAAACCAAGCGUCACGGUAUUGACAGAGCAUCACCAGGCGCAACACCAAUGCCAGUAUUCAGAAAUUCUAACUUCAAGCUGAUAGGCUCUACCCGCGUGACUCUGUCCCAGAUUGGCUCCAAGAAGUGGAUGCUGGACGGUGUAGCAGAGGGCUGUCCACUAAAGGAUUAUAUACAGAUGAAAGUACAUUGUACGCCACAGUACACUAGCCACGUCAAGGGAUUCUUGACUGUUCUGGAAGAUGUGGGUGGGUUCAGUGCGUGGCAAAGAAGAUGGUGUGUGUUGGAAGGUGGAUUACUCUCGUACUGGAGGUAUCCAGGAGACGAAACUACACAGGCUCCUGUUGACACCCUGGAUAUUGGACAGUGCACUAGUGAUCACAUAACUACAGUACCCAGAGACUUGUGUGCAAGACCAAACACUAUUGAAGUCUGUUUGAAGAAGAACAACGAUCAAGUCAAAUUCCUUCUGGCUUGCGACACCAAAGAAGACCGCAUUACUUGGGUCAACUGUCUGAAUGAUGCUAUGUGUGACAUGAAAGCCUGGACUAAGUCCAAUAAAGGUCCCCUAUAUCCUGAACUGGGGCACGUAUCUGAUACCAAGGAACAACACGGAAAAUAAAGGUGCGCGCAACCACUACAGAUAUGAAAUAAUAAUAUAGUAAGAAUAUAUCAUAAUAGCAUAAUAAUUAUACUAGAUAUAAGAUCACAUAGCGAAGACAAGCCAGGCGAAGAUGUGGUUAAUUCUCAUUAUGUACACACACACCAUAUAAUUCUUAUUGAAUAUUCAGCAUUAGAUAUAUCAGGGCACUUUAUUGUAAAUAUUGCACGCAUUGUAGAAACUAGAAAUAAUGCCCGAGUGAGAUAAUGAGCGUUUGAACCAUUCUCAGUGACAAUGUGCGUCAACUAUGGUAACGCAUUUUGUAUUUUUAACCUCGUCAGAAACAAAAUUUUUAUUAUAUGUUUGAAUUGAUUUGAAGUAAGAAUAUGAGCACUCAUGCGCGCAGUUAGAAGCGAUGCGCAGCCAACGUAUCUCAUAUAACUCUAAGAAACGGCUCGUGUAGAUUAUUUAAUAGAAUGCAAGACUUGUGGGCCCACGAGCCAAGAUAUUCUGGAAGUAUUCUGACUUUGAACAAAGGGUGCAAGUUAUCAAAUAUUUUUUUGUUUAUUUUUAUUACUGAUUCUCGCUCGGCGCGUAAAACUAGUGUUUUAUUUUAAAGACAGAAGUCACUGAUGCAAUGCUCUAAUGUGUAUAAACGAAUAUGAAGUAGAAAGAAUACUUUUUAGCUGAUAUAAUGAACUUAUAAGCAUUAAAUGAUAUAUAGAGCACGGUA